CUUUCCUAUCCUCUUAUAGCGGUGGUGGUUUCACUUUAAGACUGGUAAUAGCUCUAACCGUUGCUCGAAAUCGCCAUUGUUGGUUUCAACCGAGUGAUGAGUAGCGGAGACAGGGUCUUCCGGUGUAAAGCAGGCUCUCUUUAUGAAAUACAUGAUCGAGGUGUGGAACUGCCAACUACCGGAGCACGUUACCACAAUCCAUUGUUUUCCGAGAUGAUUGCCUGUAAAAACUGAAACGACACGGUGCGUCGGACACACCUGGGAUUGUACCAAAGCAGUCUCAACACGCUCGAUUAAGACAACAGUCUCUGAAGUACAUUAUUCCUUUUGAGGGAUAUUAUUUUGUUGUUAUUAUAAGAAAAAGCCAUUCCAGUGGGUUUUAUUUCAUGGGGAUGUGUUCAAGGCAAGAGAGAAUACAAAAAGACGUCGACCUCGUAAUUCAAAGGUGCAAGGCAGAGAAAGACUGCCUUUUCUCUGAUUUUAGGUACACUGACGCCACGUUCACAUUCACUUAUUCCAAAGGAUCCAAAAGAGGUUCGUACUCGGUCCACGUGUCUGAUGAUUACCCAGACAACACAUAUGUGUCAAACUCUCAGAACGAUGAUGAAGUCUUGGUCACCAGAGAUCCAAUCCCUGUCAUUUUUCAUAGAAUUGCAACAGAGAUUAGGAUCAAUAAUGAUGCCAGCAGCUGCCUAUCCAUCAAACCUAAACUUCAGAUCGACAAAAACCAGUGCCAAUAUGCCGUAGAGGAGGAUUCUGAGGGGGACAAUGAUUCGGAGGAAUUCUACUAUGGGGGUCAGGUGAACUACGAUGGCGAGCUCCACAAACACCCCCAGCUGGAGGCGGACCUGGCGGCGGUGCGCGAGCUGUACGGGCACCACGCGGUGUCUCUCAGGGAAUACGGUGCAAUUGAUGAUGUGGAUAUUGAUCUGCACAUCGAUGUCAGUUUCCUUGAUGAGGAGAUCGCUCUGGCGUGGGAUGUGAUCCGGAGAGAGCCGGUCAUCGUACGGCUCCACUGCUCACUAACACAGUACCUGAAUGGACCAGUGCCCACAGUGGAUGUUUUCCAAGUGUCCACAAAAGACCGGUUCGGUCUUGGACACCAGCUGAAAAAGAUCAUGCAGACAUUUGUCACCCAGCAGUGGAAGCAUCAAGGCAAGGAGAAGCUGAACUGCCCCCACAGUAAAAAGCAGAAUGACAAGAAGGUCAAAUCUCCCCUCCACAUCUUCUCAACGCUCCGCAGAUCCCCCAGCUACCCCCCCCCAGGCUGCGUCAAGAGCAAGAAGAAGUUGAAGCCGGAGCAGGACUCCAAGUCCCACCGCCUACUCCGGAGGACCUGCUCCAGCACCGUGCGGCAAGCGGAGGCGGACGGCUGCCCCAAACCCACGCACAAGUUCCUGGGUCCCUCCCUGUCGGCUGACCCCCGCACGGAGCCCUCCGGCCCGGCCAAGCCCCACCGCCUCCUGAGCCGGCCCUGCUCCUCCACACCGGUCAAGCCCGAGGACUGCCCCUCUGCCCUGCGGGCCCCCCACAAGCUGCUGCCCCGCCCCUGCCCCGGGGGGGACGCUCACUGCGACCACGGCGUGGGCGGGCUCAGCGGGGGGGUGAGCGGUCUGGGCGGGGGCGGGGGAGGAGGGAGAGGGCUGAAGCCUCAGCGCCUGCUCACCAGGUCGUGCUCCGGAGCCAUCAGGACGGAGGAGAUGGACGGGCUGAGGCAUCACCACCGCCUGCUCAGCCGGUCCUACUCCAGCAGCACCAAGAUGGGCCGGCAGGACGGCCUGAAGGAGCCGGCCCCAGAGAGCCACCGUCUGUCUCUUACCUCAGGGCUCAUGGGCAUCCUGUCCCCCUCGCUCGCCUCCUUCCCACAGCCAAACCACGGAGCCAAGUCCAUUCCAGUCCGAGACAGGGGCUUCCUUGUCCAGACCAUGGAGUACGCAGAGCAGAGGAUUCCAGUCCUGAACGAGUUCUGUGUGGUGUGUGACGAGCCCCACGUGUUCCAGAACGGACCCAUGCUUCGACCCACAGUGUGUGAGAGGGAGCUGUGCGUGUUUGCCUUUCAAACGUUGGGCGUGAUGAAUGAAGCUGCUGAUGAGAUCGCCACAGGAGCUCAGGUGGUGGAUUUGCUGGUGUCCAUGUGUCGCUCAGCUCUGGAGUCUCCCAGGAAAGUUGUCAUUUUUGAGCCAUAUCCUUCUGUGGUGGAUCCAGAGGAUUCUCAGGCCUUGGCCUUCAACCCGAGGAAAAAGGAUUACGAUCGGGUGAUGAGAGCCCUGGACAGCCUUACAUCUAUCAGAGAGAUGACCCAGGCGCCUUACUUGGAAAUCAAGAAGCAGAUGGACAAGCAUGACCCUCUAGCUCACCCGCUGCUGCAGUGGGUGAUUUCCAGUAAUCGGUCACACAUUGUCAAGCUCCCAGUAACUCGGCAACUGAAGUUCAUGCACACGCUACACCAGUUCCUCCUUCUCAGCAGCCCCCCUGCCAAAGAAUCCAACUUCAGAGCUGCCAAAAACCUGUUUGGGAGCACGUUCGCUUUCCACGGUUCUCACAUCGAGAAUUGGCACUCCAUUUUGCGGAAUGGCUUGGUUGUGGCAUCUAACACAAGACUUCAGCUCCAUGGCGCCAUCUACGGGAGUGGGAUCUAUCUCAGCCCAAUGUCAAGCAUAUCCUUCGGCUACUCAGGGAUGAACAAAAAGCAACAGAAAGUGACAUCUAAAGAUGAGACUGUGACAAACAGCAAGACCAACUUACAUCUGCAGUCACAGAAGAAAGGACAACAGCCGCAGUUUUUGCAAAGCCGGAAUCUUAAGUGUAUAGCCUUAUGUGAAGUCAUCACAUCUCCUGAUCUGCACAAGCAUGGAGAUAUCUGGGUUGUACCCAACACAGAUCAUGUCUGUACAAGGUUUUUCUUUGUCUACGAAGAUGGGCAGGUGGGUGACACGAGUAUCAACACACAAGACCCCUGCAUCCAUCGGGAGAUUCUGAAAGUCAUCGGUAACCAGACAGCCACGGGAUAAAGCCUGGAGCAGGGCUAAUGCCUCCUGUGGCUUCUCACUAUCCUCUGUCUCAGAGCUGGAUUUUGAGCUGAGGACAGGGUUGUAUCGAUUGGGUUCUCACAAACGCAAGAAAACUAAAACAAAAGAAGAAGAACUAUGAAAUGAUCUAAAACACCUAAUUUAGGAAAGGUUUGACAUGUUGACAGUAUAGCUGCAGUGUUUAUAAACAACACGACACACAUUUACAACAAAAUAUGUCCAGCUAUGGAGGAACUCUAAAUGUAGGCUACAUUUAUAGGUGAAAUGGAGAACCCUUUUUCUGAGGACAAUGUUACACUUCUGUUUGACUGAUGGAUGACAUCAAUUUUGUAAAGAAAAUUAUAAACGGUAAAACCGUUUUUCCAACAAACAAAAAAAUUGCGACUUCUGCUGAUAGUUAUAAGGGCCUUUUCAGGAAACUACGAGAGACAUUCAUGUCUAGAAAAGGUACCAUCUUACCUUGUUUACUAAGAGUUGUACCUUUUUAAAGUACAAUGUACUUUCUGUAUACCGAAGGUGUUGAUAUGCACUUUAUUUUUCUUAAUGUAAUAUAUUUCUUCCGAUUGGGUCAAUCUAGAAAGACCUUUUCCAUUGGUCAUUUUCGAAAAUGAUCAUAGAAAAUAAUAAGAAAAAAAAAGGUUUUGACUUUUUUCAACCGAGAUGAAUGGGUGCAGAGGGAAGAUGAUGGAAGGAGGAUGAUGGAGGGCGUUUGCCCUCAGCAGAGUGAUCAUCUACUCAGAGAUCAUUUGAGAACCAGAGAGGGCAGGAAGGAAUUCUGUGCUCAUUCAGAAUAGGUAGGCAGUAGGCCUGAACACAACACCACUUUGAGAAAAACAAUAUUGGUUGUUUCACAUUAAAGUGUAUUGACUGGUUUACAGUGGGUCAAUAUUUCAGAUACAAGUAAAAAAAUUGAGUCAUUUACAAGCCUCCUAAUAAACAGUUUUGAACACCUAUCCAUAAACAACUAUCUUGAAUUUGAAAAACAAAAAGAAGUGUUA